UGCCAUCUUCCUUGCCACACAUCUUAAAUCGUUCUCGAAAGAACCAACGUCAAUCAACAAUUGUUUAGACUUGUCAUACUUCUUUCCCUCUUUUCUCUCUCAUUUCUUAACGACCAUUUUCUUGGCCACAAACUCGCUGUUGAAGAAUUGUAAUCAUCGUUUAUAACUUCCAAUAUCUCAACGUCCAACCCUAAAAAAUAGAAUUUCUAGACUGUCCUCUUGUGGCGUGAAUUUCUCUUCUCUCAUUCGUCGUCAGGGCUAUUCAACUCCCACGGGCUGCUUAGUUUCCCCAAGAAGCAUUGUUUCUCUCCGCUUGGAAUUACCUGGCACAAGUAGUCAGUUCUUUCUACCACACCUCAAGCCACAGAUUCCCUUCGAUUCACCUAUCCUCCUGCAUAUUACAUACUUGAGGAUCAAUAAUAAUGGGCUCGUGAAGUCCCUGAAAUCGAUGCGCAACUGGAUUUAAUGCGUUUUCUUGCCGCUCGACUGUCCCCAGACCAAUCUUCGACGCCAAUAGAAAGUGCCGCAGCCUUCUUAAUUCGAUUUCAUCAAACGCAAUUCCGUUGUCAGCUCGCUCCUUCGGAUUCAAUCCACCUUUGGGGUAUCUUUUAACUAGAUUCGAAAAGCAUCAAGUAGUGAAUGUUUGUAUAAUUAUACCCUGAUCUUCAGAGAUAAAACUUUUCCUUCUUGGUGGUAUCAACUAUCGUCGGAGUCGUGGAAAAGUUUAGUUUUGGCGACAAACAGUUAUUUUUUUGAAGGAAGAUAUUCACUGGCACUCGACUUUAUACGCGAAGAUAGCCUCGAUUGAUGGCAGUCUCUGUUCAAGGUCCAUUCAGCUCCAAGUCCAGUCCCUGGAGUAUGGCCGAUUUACCACAUCACAACUUUUCAAGAGGAAAUCCAAAUCAGAUAUCCCCAAUGGCCUACCCAUAUCAUACCAUGAAUCAAGGUCUCGACCAAAACAUGAUCCCCAGUUACGAUCAUCAUAUGGAACCAAUUCGAUCUCACUCACCUUUACAUGGACAAGGGCCAUCUCCAUCUACCAGGGAACUUGAAGCUUCUUCCUUAUCCAAAGCGACAAAAGAAUCCAAAGCAAAAAGAUCAAUGUCUACUCCAAAUAUCAGAACCUCUAACAACACUGAUGCGGCUGCCUUGGCCUUGGUUAAUGAUAAGAGAAGAAACAAAUUAGGUUAUCAUAGAACGUCGGUAGCUUGUGGUCACUGUCGUCGACGCAAGAUUAGAUGUAUACCAGCUCCAGCAGAUCCUCAAAAUCGAUGCUCAAAUUGCAUUAGAUUAAAAAAGGAAUGCAAUUUCUAUCCAGUUGACCAACAACCUCAGCCAGAACCUAAGCGUCGAGGCUCCAAAGCCCCAAGUGGAACAGGAGGAACCUCUCAAUCAUCUUCACCGUCAAUUUCAUCUAGCCAGAUACCGGACAUGCAGCCUAAUCUUCCUUACCAUCUGAGCAUGCCAUCAAUCCAGAACCUAGGAGGAUCUCAGGUCAAAAAAGAAAGGAACGAAAGCUUUUCUCCCGAUAACAAGGUCGUCACUUCAUCACGGAACUUCGACUAUAAUGGAGGUCACACAGCUUGGAUGGCACCAGAAAUCUCUCCAGGUACCAAACCUCCAGCAGACAUGUCUGGAAAUUACUGGCCUGCCUCCCAAGAAUCUCCAAUGACUGCAGGGUUCUCGCCUUACACCACCCCUAACAUGCACCUGGCCAAUGCGCAAAACUGGCAAAGUAGAGGCCAUCAUGGUCAGCCCGAAACAAAUCCAAGAGAGCCUGAAUGGCCAGCACCACAGCGAUCUGUUUCGUAUAGCAACUUGGAAGGAAUGCAGAAUAGUCAUCAACAUUCCGCUUAUGGACUUCCUAACCCGUCGGAGUCAUACGCUUCUGCGAGAACCCGCGCUUCUAACGGUGCAAUAUACCCACCCAACAUCACGACUACACAUCCACAUUCCGCCGCCGAAAUCUCAUCCGCGUCAACAAUUGGAACAGCCUACACACAUUCUGCAACUCCAAUGUCGGCGGGACCUUACACAGGCUGGAAUCAACCGUAUACUGGCGGUUAUGCGAAAGUCUCACCUGGAGUUGAUACAUAUGCUUCUUGGAAUGGCGCUCAAGGAGGACAGCGCAUUGUAGAAGAAGAAGAAAGUGUGGGAGGAUAUGGCGGAUAUAGCAAUUCUGGAGGCGGGGUCUAUUAUGCUGGCCAGCCACAUGCAGCAGGCCGUUAGCGGGAACAAGGAAUACAUUUCGAUCGAACAGCAGCACAUCGCGGAUCACGGUUACGUUUCUGGAUUAUUGGCGCAUGGAAUUGGUUGUUCUUCCGGCAUAUAUUGACUGUUCGAUACAACAGAUUUUGCGAUUGGGGUAAAAUCUGGGCGGGGAAAAGCGAAAGCGAUAAGGGCUUUCGCCAGGCGCGAUUAUAAAUGUAACCUCGCUCGAGGACCUGAAUGAACAAGAUGGAAAGCGCCUUUUUGUAUAUACUGGACACCGAAAUUUUGGGAAUUUCUUUACUCGGAACAUUGCGGUCAUCAUCAUGCGAAACGAUAUUAAAUGGACUGGUUUGGAGACUGGUUUUCACUAUAAUUCUUUUCAGGAGGAAAAAGAGACAGCGAUUUUUUUUACUGAUUUUGCUUUUGGUUUUUUGAUAUCAUAAAGUGGGAUGCAUCUAAGUAAUCUCACGACGGCGGGGGAUUUUCCAUGCACACCUUAGACAAAUGAACAGGAAGGAAAAGAUAUUAUCAGAAAAGACAGGGAUUGAGAAGUUUGCUUCAUCUCUGGGCAUUUUGUAUGAAUGUAGCGAUACAUGGAUAGGAUUGAGUCUAUCACUCACUGGUUUUAUCCAUUCGAAA